AUGAAAAUGACACACCCAAAUUGGACUGGUAUUGGUUGCGAAAUCUUAAACUACUUAAAAGGAAGAUAUACAUCACAAAUCAUUAAGCAAGAUUUCAACCUUUUCUUAAACAAAGCCAAAUCACCAAAAGACAUCACCGUCGCUGAUGCCAAAAGAAUUGGAACCACUGCACUCUUUAUGACAAGUCUUUUCUUUGUUGGUGAAGUUAUUGGUAAAAACUCAAUUGCUGGUUACAACCCAGGUUACGAUAUCGAUGCCAAAUCAAUCAUUACCAAAAAAGAUUAA